AUGGCGGACACGACCGAGUCCAUAGCGCAAGACACUGCCAAUCUCCACCUCGAUGAGGUCACUGGCGAGAGAGUGUCCAAGUCAGAAUUGAAGAAGAGGCAGAAGCAAAGACAACUGGAAGAAAAGAAGAAGGGAAAGGCCGCGGCAGCGCCGCCCAAGGUCGAGAAGAAGGCCACCAAUGCAGAGCUCGACGAGAGCAAUCUGAAUCCGAACCAAUACUUUGAAAUCAGAAGUGGUCGCAUCAAUCGGCUGAGAGAAACCAAGGAUCCGAAUCCAUACCCUCACAAGUUUUCGGUCAACACGAACCUGAGCAAGUUUGUUGAGGAAUAUGCCUACCUCAAGCCUGGCGAACAGAAGAAGGAGGUAGAGAUACGGGUGGCAGGAAGAGUCUAUGUCAAGCGAGCCGCAGGUGCGAAGCUGGUCUUCUACGACAUCCGCAGCGAUGGCACCAAGGUCCAAAUUAUGUGUCAAGCGCAAGAGGCCGACGGCGGCGUCUCCUUUGAGGCACAACACGAGCACCUACGGAGAGGAGACAUCAUCGGAGUCAUUGGAUACCCAGGUCGAACCGCACCCAAGAACCGUCCAAACGAGGGCGAACUCUCCGUCUUUGCUCGUCACGUCAUUCUUCUCACCCCCUGCCUGCACCAAAUCCCCUCGGAACAUUUCGGCCUUCAAGAUGUCGAAACGCGCUUCCGCCAACGCUACCUCGACCUCAUCAUGAACGAGAAGUCGCGCAACAUCCUCCUCACCCGCGCCAAGAUCGUCUCCUACAUCCGUCGGUACUUCGACUCCAACGGCUUCGUGGAAGUGGAAACACCCAUGAUGAAUUCCAUCGCCGGGGGUGCCACAGCCAAGCCAUUCAAGACGCACAUCAAUGAGUACCAAACAGACAUGUUUAUGCGUAUUGCACCUGAGCUUUUCCUCAAGAUGCUGGUUGUGGGCGGUAUCGAACGGGUCUACGAGUUGGGCAAGCAAUUCCGUAACGAAGGCGCUGACCUGACACAUAACCCCGAGUUCACCACCUGUGAAUUCUACGAGGCUUACGCUGACGUCUACGAUGUGAUGGAGCGCACCGAAGAACUCGUUUCCGGGCUCGUCAAGGAAAUAACAGGUGGAUACCAGACCACGUUCCACACGCAGACAGGAGAAGUCUACGAAGUUGACUGGUCCCGCCCGUGGAAGCGCAUCGACAUGAUCUCGGCGCUCGAGGAAGCCACCGGCGAAAAGUUCCCCUCAGGCGACCAACUCUACAGCGCCGAGACGAACGAGUUCCUCAAGGGCGUCCUGAAGAAGUGCAACGUGACGUGCCCGCCUCCGGAGACAAAUGCCCGCAUGCUCGACAAGCUGGUGGGUGAAUUCAUCGAGGAGAAGUGCAUCAACCCGACAUUCAUCACGGGCCACCCGCAGAUCAUGUCUCCCUUGGCCAAAUACCACCGCUCAUCGCCGGGCAUCUGCGAGCGCUUCGAGGCGUUUGUGUGCAAGAAGGAGAUUGUCAACGCGUACACCGAGCUGAACGACCCGUUCGACCAGCGGCUGCGGUUCGAGGAGCAGGCGCGCCAGAAGGCCCAGGGCGACGACGAGGCCCAGAUGAUCGACGAGAACUUCUGCACCUCGCUCGAGUUCGGCCUCCCGCCCACAGGCGGCUGGGGCAUGGGCAUCGACCGGAUGGUCAUGUUCUUGACGGACAACUACACCAUCAGAGAGGUCUUGGCCUUCCCCUUCAUGAAGGAAGAAAAGACCCCUGCCGGUGGCGGUGGUGCGGAAAAGACUCCCUCUGUCCACGAGCUCCCUGCGACUUAUCCGAAGCCUUGA